AAGGAAAGGAAUGCACUCCUUCUGUUCUAUCGAACUAUAUAAACUUCUAGGUUCCCUUUAAUCUUGUUAGGACACACUCUGCUUGCCCCUGCCUGUUGGACCAAAAAUGGGUACUUCCUUUAGCGCCUUCAACAAGUUUGGACUCCCAGGACUGAGCUCGGUACCUACAGGGCAAGUUUAUGAACAGCAUUUCAAGAACAAGAAGACCGGCACGUUUGAAGACUUCCAUCUUGCUUACAUCGAGUUCUGCAAGUAUUUCAACAUUGUAAUGCCUGGUAAAGAUUUCGAUACUCCACCAACGGAAAUAAUUCGGGAAUUUUAUGACAAUACUUGGAAGCUGCAACCGAACGAGGAGCUAAGGAGGGAAGAGUUCUUCAAGUUCAUGGAGGAGAACGUCAAGGAAGAGACGGGGAACGACACCCUGUUCAUCAUGGCCGGGCUUGCCGCGCCGGCGGCAGCCGUCAUCGGCAAGAGGGCCAGCGCGCAUAUCCCCUACGUCAAGAGCCUCAGGCUGGAGUACUUCCCCAACGUCGUCUUCGUGCCGUUGUUCACGCUCUUCGCCAUCGUUGGGGUCACCGCUCUGCAGACGAACAGGAAGAGCACCGCGGCGAAGAAAGAGGAGAGCGCAGCAACGACGAAAGAGGAGGAGAAGAGCGCAGCGACGACGAAAGAGGAGGAGAAGAGCACCGUGGCGAAGAAAGAGGAGAGCGCAGCGACAACGAAAGAGGAGGAGAAGAGCGCUGCCGAGCACAAGAACAAGAAGGACGAAGCCAAGGCAGCUGACUUCUAAUCUCUUGUAUGUGUGUUGAAAUAAGGUGGAUGACUUGAUCGCCUACUCAAUAACCAAGAGAUUGGGACAUUUUAUGAUGCAUAAAUAGCCGAAUGGUUACAAAUUGUAAAGUUGAGCGUCAAAUAUAUUAUUUUUCUGCUGUUGUUCACACGAAUAUAUCAAAAUUGCUAUAGCGAUCGGCAUAUCUGAGAUUGAUCAAGGCAGGUUAUGCAUUUGCUCAUGGCCCGGAGAUACAUUGAUAUGAACAAACGAACAAGAAUAAUCUAUCUAAAGCAUGCAUAUGUGCUUAA